CGCCCGCCCUCCCGCUCUCUCUCGCCGCGCCUCCGGGGCGGAGCCCCCCGCCGUGCGGAAGGGGCCGGCUGGGGCGGGCAGCAGAUCGCGCCCGGCGGCGGGAGCGGGGUUACCGGCAUGGGACAGAGUGACGCUCCAGCGGGACCCUACCUUACCAGUGUGAGAGGGGAAUUGCACAACCAUGCUGUGGAUUUUUUGUUUGUGCAUGCUGCUUGAUGAUCUAUCUUUUAUUGACUCACCCAAAAAUUGCUGUCUUUUCACUUCUGCCUGAGAGUUAUCUGGAUUAUCUAACACCUGCUGGAGAAUCUUCCUGGACCAUUACAAAUGGAGCAGCUUGUGCUGCAUCAGCAAAACUUUCUGCAUGGAGUACAAGAGUAAAGUGGUUUUAAGUCAAACCACACUAAUUGUUGUGGCUGUACUGCUCCAGACUUCACUAAGGCUUUCCAAGGCAGUAGUUUCUCAUGUAUUUGAAUGUUUUCAACUGACAUUUGAAUAAUUUUAUUAAUUCUGGUGUGGCUGUCAAAAGUAGGGAGGGGUGUGAACUUUUUCCUGUUAAGUUCAUGGUGAGUUUUGAAGCUUCACUUCCAAGUGUGAUCUGUGCUAUGGCAGCAGCCUACAGGCUUAUGGUUACUUCUGUGAACUGCUAUAGCAGUGUGGUGAUAGACCAGCACUUUCAGCACACUGUGCAUUACUGCACAGGGACUUGCCAAGUGUUUAAGCAAGGAGUUACAUGUAUAGUUGCCCACCACAACAUCUGUGCAGAGCUCGGUGUCCAAGAUGCCAACCUAGACCAUAAAAUCCCUGUUCCUGAAAAUGGUCUUGCAUUGCCUGGAAAUGAGGACUAUCCACAAAUUCUCCCAAGUAAUCCAAGAAUCAAAAAGGGCUCUACAGUGCAAGCCUCCAGCAGUUUAAAAGACAUUACUGGUGAGGCAAUAAACCUUGCUAGUGGUAAAAUAAAGGAAUUCUCCUUUGAAAAGCUCAAAAACUCUUCCAGUCAUGUGGCCUACAGAAAGGGAAGGAAAGUUCGUUCAGAAUCAUUCAGCAGGAGAUCAUUUGAUUUUGACUUGCUUUGUGGGCACUUCAGCAAUGAUGAGAACUGCCCUCCAUAUGGCUUUUUGCAGAGCCCUUCACCUGUGGAAAAAUGGCAGGAGAGCAAUGAUGCUCCAGAAGUCACCACAAAUCCCCUGAUUCCCUUCUCGCCUCAUUCCUUCUCUGAAGAAAACUUCAUUACCCAGAUUUUGGAAAAACACAAGCUAGAUGGUUCUUCUGGUGGGGACAUUAAAGUGUGUUUAGACAUCCUGCUGAAGUGCUCAGAGGAUCUGAAGAAGUGCACAGACAUAAUCAAGCACUGCAUCAAAAAGAAGUCUGCAGACAGCGUUAGUGGAGGGAGCAGCAGUGAUCCUCUGGCCAAUUCAGAUAUAUAUAUGAAUCUGAUGACAAGAUUUUCUUCCUACCUGAAGAAGCUACCCUUUGAGCUCAAGCCACCAGGAAACAAGGAAGGUAGAGACUUGGCAGAACUGGUUAACUGUUUUCAUGGCUUGCAGCAAGCUCCCUUUCUCUCAGCGUUUGGAGAUGAGCAACCGCCUAGGUAUGAAGAUAUUAUUCAGCUGCCGUCCUCAAGUGCAGCUCCCCUCAGCCUAGCAGGAGAUCGUUGUGAGGUGACAAGCACCUCUCAGUCCAUCCAAACCAGUCCUGUGAGCUUUACCUCCGACUCCCUCCACAGCAUCCCACAGGAGAACAGUGUGAGAGCUGUGAAAGAUGUUUCUGCCCUACCUCAGUUACCAGCCACAAGCCCUUCUGACUGCACAUCUUCCACUGAGUCUCUCUACAUUAAGGAGGAGUCUGAUGGGGAAAGAACAUUUGGAAAAGUAAAGACGGCAGAGCAGCAGAAAGGAGGCUGGGCGAGUCUAGAGCACAGCUGUCGAAUAGCUGCUGGUUCAGAUCUCACUGCCAGUGCUGAAGCACAACAUGCCAGAGUGGGAGGCACUGAGCUCUGUCAUGCUUCUGAGAAAAUGAGUUCUUCAAAAGCAGUUUCAGAUUCCAUACUGUGUGGUUCCCAAGCCAAUACCUCCAAAGGAGAACAGAUGUGUAGUAAGAUAGACAAGGAGGAGAUAGACAAACUGCUGCUGGACUUGGAGUGCUUCUCUCAGAAAAUGGAGAGUUCUUUGAGGGAACCCCCUCUAAAGGAGAAUGAACCUGCCCCUUUGCAGGUGUCUGGCUGGCAUGGUAGGCAGGUACUACCUCAGGCUCUUGAACCCAAAAGCAAACCCACUGACCCCACUUCCCCUUUGUCAAAAAUCAUGGAACUCAAUGGUCAUAAAAUGGAAGAGGAUGACAAAGCCCUUUUACUGCGCAUCCUGGAAAGCAUCGAGGACUUUGCCCAGGAACUGGUGGAAUUCCAGACAGGCAAGGGAAGCUUGUCCAAGGAGAGGGAAGUGAUGCAGAUCCUUCAGGAAACUCUAACAACUCCUUCACAGUCCCUACUUGCAGGGCAAAAAAGCCAUGCUGAGGCUGCUUCCAGAGACUCUGUUCCAGCUUCGAUUCAGCAGGCCCCAGAAGUGAUUAAGGUUCAAAGUAAACAAGAGAAGAAACCUGGAACUUCAUCCCCAGCCCCUUUGAACUCCACGGUUAGCCCAUGCCCUCUUCUGCCUGUGAAUAAAGCAGCCAGCAGUACGCCUUUGUCAAUAAACAUUCCACGUUUCUACUUCCCUAAAGGACUUCCGAAUGUCUGCACUAAUCAUGAAGAAAUCAUUGCCAGGAUUGAAGAAGCCUUUAGAGAAUUUGAAGAUGAGAAAGCAAACAUCUUUGAAAUGGGGAAAAUUGCUAAGAUCUGUGGCUGCCCACUCUACUGGAAAGCACCUAUGUUCAGUGCAUCAGGAGGAGAAAGGACAGAGUGUGUGUCCGUACACUCCUUUGUAUCUGUGUGGAGAAAAGUCCUACGUAACUGCCAUGAUGAUGCAUCCAAAUUCAUCUACCUUUUAGCAAAGCCUAGCUGUGACUACUUAGAGCAGGAGGACUUCAUCCCACUGCUUCAGGAUGUGGUGGAAACGCAUCCUGGCCUGACGUUCCUGAAGGACGCUCCGGAGUUCCACUCGCGGUAUAUUACGACGGUUAUACAGAGAAUAUUCUACACAGUCAAUCGGUCCUGGUCUGGGAAGAUCACUCUAACAGAGCUGAGGAAAAGCAACUUCUUGCAAACUCUUGCUCUCUUGGAAGAAGAGGAUGACAUAAAUCAGAUCACAGAUUAUUUCUCCUAUGAGCACUUCUAUGUUAUAUACUGUAAAUUCUGGGAGCUGGAUACUGACCAUGAUCUCUACAUCAGCCAGAAGGAUCUGGCUAGGUACAGUGAUCAAGCCUUAUCAAACAGAAUCAUUGAGCGAAUAUUCAGCGGCGCUGUGGUGAGAGGCAGUGAAAUUCAAAAGGAAGGCCGCAUGACUUACGCUGAUUUUGUGUGGCUCCUGAUUUCAGAGGAAGACAAAAGGAGCGCUACAAGCAUUGAGUACUGGUUUCGGUGCAUGGAUCUGGAUGGGGAUGGAGUGCUCUCCAUGUAUGAACUGGAGUACUUUUACGAGGAGCAGUGUGAGCGGAUGGAAGUGAUGGGUAUAGAACCACUGCCCUUUCAUGACUUGCUGUGUCAGAUGCUUGAUCUUGUGAAGCCAGAGAGAGAAGGAAGAGUAACCCUGCGAGAUCUGAAGAGGUGCAGGAUGGCUCAUGUGUUCUACAACACCUUCUUUAAUUUAGAGAAGUACCUGGACAAUGAGCAGAGGGAUCCCUUUGCAGUGCAAAAGGACAUUGAAAACGAUGGCCCUGAACCCUCUGACUGGGACAAAUAUGCUGCAGAAGAGUAUGAGAUUCUUGUGGCUGAAGAGUCUGGGAACGAGCAGUUACAAGAAGGCCUCAGCAGCACCAGUCGGUAUCAGCAAAGCCAGGCUGCUUCAGGUCCCCUUCUGCCGGCCUGCCACCGCGCGGCAGUGUUGCAAACACAGGGACAGCGAGGAGCAAUUCCAGCCAGCGCAGCGCAGGAACAGUUCUGCUGCUCCUCACCUAAGGACCUGAGAAAGCCGACUGCAGAAACUAACCAAGGUAUAGCUGUGAAACUGGCUGGAGGAUCAGCUGUGAGUUCUGAGGUUGAAGGUACUGGGGAAUGUGUCAAACACAAAGCCAAGGCUGUCUCGGAAGAUUUUUCUGUCUCUUCAUGGAGUGGUGAUCCAUCUUUGAGCAAAGCCAGAAGAUCUGCAGAACAGUCAACUGCCUGGAUAAUGUCUCGUGCCAGUGGAGUUUGCGUUAUGUAUUCACAGAGUUUCUUAUAGCAGUUCACUAAGAUGCUUAACUGCUUAUUCUCCUCAAACUGUUCGUAGUCCUUGCACCAGCUACAUGAUGGUUUCAUCAUCAUCUUCUUGCCUUUACAGGUUUUGCAGACAUAAUGUUGGCAAGUGGAGUUGGUAGGAGCUAUAGGGUCUUGUAGCAAAUUUCCUAGGGAAAAAAAAAAGAGAGGAAGAUUACAAUGGACUCGAGGCAGGCUUCCAUAGUAGUGUAGGAUGAAUUUUUCAUACUACAAAAAAAAGUGCCUGAAGUAAGUGACAAGAAAAUGUACUCUCCAAACAAUAGCUGGGGACACCUUCCCGCAGCUACCAUAUCUGGUUUUAAAACACUUUUAGCCAAAAUUAAAUAAGAACACCAUCACACCACAAAUUACUGUGCUGCCUUCAGAAACACUCAGCUGAAACACUACCAACCCCUUUGUCCCCUUCAGCAGUGUCUUCCAUUGCAACUUAAAAUAAACACACCAGACUUCUAUCAACACAACCAAAGCGCAACAAUCGAACCCUGUAAAGAGCUGCUGCAGAGAUCUGAAUGAAAUUAGCGAACACAAACGGCAAAGGAGCAGAGGCAAACUCAAAGGAACAUAAAAAUAAUCAAACAUCAACCCCAAAAGAAGACACAGCAGACUUUGUUUUUACUUUUCAUUCAGCUGGGACUAAGAAUAGAGCCUGGCUCUCUGACAGUCAAUGCCAUGAAUAAAAACUUGUGCUUUAACUUUGCAAGCAGCAAAAA